CAGAGUAAGCUUAUUUUUAGAGCGGAAUCGUCGUUGUAGCUUCAUUCAUCAGGUUACUGUUAACCAGACCAACCAUUUAUUGUGCUAUUAGUUAAAUUAAAAAAGUUAAAAUGGAUGUCAAAUAUAUCCUGUACGUUGUACUUUUGUUAAAUAGAAACAUCAACACGGCGUACGGAUCGGAUAUCAACGACACAUUCAAAAUAACUGACAGAGUAUUCAGCUGCAGUAACUGGCUAUCAUCGCUAAUAGACAAUAUUUGCAAUAAUGUAUACAAAAUUGUUAAACGGGAUACAUCGCUAAUGAUCGAGAAAAUGGCACCUAAAGAUCUACAAAAAAGCAUGUACAAGCAACGGUUACUUACCGAAGAGCAUUGGCGACGUGUGCGGAGACAAGUCGCCAGCGAGUGCUGCGAACGAGCGUGUACAGUCGGCAACAUAAUAAUGUACUGUCCCGACGACGCAAAACUAUUGAGAGAAAAUCCCGACAUAUUCUAUUGAAAUCAAUGAGCAAGAAAGCCAUCAUGGUACAUACAAGUAUCAGUGAUCAUUUCAAAAUCUACCUCAUACUUUCGAAAGACGCUGAUGUUCCGAAAGUGUAACUUUGUAGUAUUCCUUACCACUGGCAAAGUUACAAAGUCCGUCCAGUAUUUACGUGGUUAAAUAUGUGAUCUGAUGAAUCAAUCUACAUAUAUUGCAAAAAGGUUUUUUUUCCUUUUUAUGAACAUGAGUGGGUACAUUUAGUAAUUUUGCAAAAAAUAUAAAUGUUUUAGCGAAAAGGAAUAUUUAGCAAAGCUUUAGAUGUAAAUUAUUAGCUAAUGUAUUUUGCUUAAAUUAUAACUAUAUUCGAUUUUGUCCCACUCUACUUAUACCUUAUUUAAUUGUACAGGAUAGUAUUAUUGUGAUAGUAUUACAAUUAAAAAGGUAAA